AUGAGACCAGAGGGCUCUAAGGAGGAGGUGGGGGGUCUGGAGGGGGAGGGCUCGGAGGCUGAACCUGGGUGUCUGGAGGGCUCGGAGGCUGAAGAUGGAUUCUUCAUCAUCAAAGACAGUUUCCUGCUCUACUAUGCGGAGAAUGAGAAGAGAAGCUUCGAGACCAACAAACACUUUAACAUCCACCCCAAGGGUGUGAUCCCUUUAGGAGGCUGUGUUGUGGAUCCGAAGGAAGACCAGGGCAUGCCAUUCGCCAUGGUUAUAAAUCAUGCCGACUUCACUGGUAACAUUGUCCUGGCUGCAGAGAAUGAGGCAGAACAAAACCAGUGGCUGGAGAUGCUGCAGGAGUCUGGCAGAGUCACCUGGAAGAACGCCCAACUGGGAGAAGCCAUGAUAGAGAGCCUGGAAGCCCAGGGACUGCAGCUGGCCAAGGAGAAGCAAGAGUACCUGGACAAGCUGAUGGAGGAGACAGAAGAACUGAGCCUGCAGCGAGAACAGAAGGAGCAUCUGGAACGUCUGAACCUGGUUCUGGAGGAGGAGAAGCAGAAGUUUGAGGAGCUGGUGAUGGAGCUUAGAGCAGAGCAGGAUCAGAUCAAACUGUCCAUCUGCUGUGGGUUUGAUGCUCUCAGUGUGGAGAGUGUUGCUAUUACACUGUGUGGUGAGCUGUCCCAUGAGAAGCAGCGAACCCUGGAGUUGUUGAGGGAGAAGGAGCUUGAGCAGGGGGCUGAGCAUCCAGAGAAGGACGAGGAGCAGGAGGUGCAGCCUGGUGACACGGGACUGCGAUCGGAGCUGAGACACAUUGAAGAGCAGAUGAGGGAACUGCAGAGAGAGAAGGAGCAGGCUGAGGAGAGGCAAACAGAGAAUGAGCAGCGUGCCACAGUUCUGCAACAGGAAAAGAGUUCUACUCCUGUGGAGAUUGAGUCUCGUAUGGAGCUGGAGCGGAGGUUGAAGCAGGCUGAGGAGGCUCUACGGAACCUGGAGAAAGGUCUGAGCUCUCUGGAACGCUCCAAAGAGAAGGAUGACAAGAUGAAGGGAGACGUCAACAACCUCAGGAAGAUCGAGGCCAAGCUCCCUUCUAUAAUGAAGAAUGCUGUGUAUCUCCACAAGGCUACAGCACGACGCAUUAAGAGCUGUCGGAUUCAGAGACGCGCCUCCAAACACCACUGGUUGAAACACUCCCAGUCAUUCGUGGUUGCCCGUGGCGAUGGCGCCAGCAUGGAGGACCUGAGGGAGACUGCCCGGCGACUGACCUCCGACAGCUGUUUCAGGAAGAGCGUCUACAAGAUCAUCACACGCCACGACCAGGAGACCUCCGCCAAGAAAGAUGACUGA